ACUCUGUAGUCACUAGUCCAAGCUAGUAAAUGUUACUGAAUGGAUUUCAGUGUUGUGGCCAUUCUACAGUAAGUACAGCAAGAUCCUUUGUGAGAAAGCGAAAGGAGGAAAAAAGGUGCUAGAGAUCAUUUGUGGAUGUUCGUCAGAGCAGAGCACCUGCACCAAUGACAGACAGGCUUUCCUCGAGAAACAGAUCAUGACAACAAACACUGCUGUGCAGAGGAGCCAGAAUCUCCCCAAAAGACGCCUAGAAAGUGUAGGGGAGUGCCCUGCAAAACGGAAAGCUGGCUGGGGCAUUCUGACCAGCCAAGAUUGAAAGAAAUGAGUAGGAUUUAUAAUUGCAAUUGGCUGGAAGUGCCAUGGGGAGAUGGAGAUUUAGGUUCUUGGGCAGAUCGCUCACCUCUGCAUGAGGCAGCCAGCCAAGGACGUCUUCUUUCUCUGAAGACUUUAUUGUCACAGGGGUACAAUGUAGACACACUAACAAUUGACCAAGUAACUCCACUCCAUGAAGCCUGCCUGGGAGACCAUGUAGGAUGUGCAAGAAUCCUCCUUGAAGCAGGAGCAAACGUAAAUGCUACAACAAUUGAUGGAGUGACACCUUUAUUUAAUGCCUGUUCAAGAGGCAGUGCAGCAUGUGCUGAGCUCCUGUUACAGUACGGUGCCAAAGCUCAGUGGGAGUCCUGUCUGCCAUCACCAACUCAUGAAGCAGCCAGCAGAGGUCACAGUGAAUGUCUGGAGGUACUGAUAUCCUGGGGUAUAGAUGUUGAUCAAGACCUUCCUCAUUUAGGAACACCUCUGUAUGUAGCUUGUGUUUCACAGCAGAUCCAUUGCAUUCGAAAACUUCUUUAUGCAGGUGCCAACGUGCAGAAGGGAAAGCAUUUGCAAACUCCACUCCAUGCUGCUGCCCAGCAUUCUAGUACAGAGAUUGUAAACUUACUCCUUGAAUUUGGGGCAGACAUAAAUGCCAAAAAUUCAGAUUUUGAGAGGCCUGUUGAUUUAGCUGCCCCAAGCAGUUUAGUGGAGAGACUGCUGCUCUUCCAUGAAGCCACACCAUCUUCUCUUUGUCAGCUCUGCCGACUAUGUAUCCGAAAUUACAUAGGAAGAGCUAGACUGCAUCUUGUUCCACAACUCCAGUUGCCAACAAUACUUAAGAAUUUCUUACAGUAUAGAUAACAUAGUAAUUAAUUGUUAGAAACUUAAAUAUAGCAAGUACAUUUUUUUUCUGUUUAUUGUACAUUUUAUCUAAAGAACUGCUGGGCGGAAAAAAAAAAGCCUUUUUGCAUAUUGCUUAAAAAAAUGGUAUCUUUGACACCUGGUGUUGAAAAUGUAAUAGUUAUUGGGAGCCAUUCAGCAACUAGUGCCAAGGUGCUAAUCCAGCUGAAUUGAAUAAGUGUGCUGAUACUCUGGGACGUGAUUGUAUAACUUUAUCUUAACCCUUUAUAGCUUUAGUGCUGUUAACUUCAAUUGUGUUUAUGUUUUUAAAAUCUGUUGGACACACCUCAACCACAAAGAGUUUCUUCAUUAUUAUUUGUUAAGUUUGUCCAUUUAGAGUCAAUAUUUUAUGUAUUUUCAAAUCUCUGUUGUUUGUGUACCUAAAAAUACUUGGUCAUGGGUGCACUAUAUGCAUUGAUAAAAAUAAAACAAUUAAACAUCAA